AUGACCCCGAACCCUUUGAAAAAACCUUUGACAACCGCUUCAAAACGUACAAACCUCUUGCAAGCAACCGGCCAGGUAGAUGCCGCCCUCGCACCUUUGCGAGACGCGGAGGGAGAACUUAAACCGUGCCUGCCAAGGCACUGGCGUUUCAAGGGCAAACUGACCUGGGAGCGGAUCAAUGCCAUCUACUCCUCCCUGGAGGAGAUAGAGCCGGCCAUGUUACACUACAUGAUGGCCCAGCGAAUGGCGCAGGCUCAGAUGGCGACCGGUCCAGUGCACACGGUGGAGACCACGUCCCAAACCGUCUUGCCGACUUCCCUGGCUUAUGGAAUGAGCACCAAGGCUUCUCCCAAAGGUGCCCCUGGCGCAGAGUCUAAAAUGCAGGACGAGCCGGAGUUCCUCAAGGCCAUGAUGCGAGAUCUCAUAUUCGAAGAGCCCGAACAGAAUUCGCCCCGGUAUGCUCCCCCAGUGGCAGACAUGAAUGUUUGUCCGAUGUGGGUGACACAGACAGAUAUGGCAACCUUGCCUGCAGUGAGCCAUGUGGGCGAAUAUUUUGCAUGA